UGCCGGUUGUGUUUCAGCAGCUGUACCACCGUCCGCGCACGUACGUAAUCGCGCACCAGUUUAUCGAUUAUUUUUACGCGAGUUCUUAAAUCCAUAAUCAUGUUUAAACAUUAGAUUAGUGUGCAUUUUUUAAAAGUUCAGUUUGAUCAAUUGUAAUCGUUUUAAUAUUGUCCAUAAAAAUCAUUGAUAUAUUUUUACUAUUGAUAUGAUAUUAGUUUUGAAUUUUGUAAUAUUUCUGAACUUUCUUGAAGUGGAUAGUUAGUUCUUUAAAAAUAAUUUUAAUAGAAAAUUUAAUUAUGCACGUGGAGUUGGAUGGCAGUCGUGUUUCGUCGUGGGCCGCGGCCGCUUCAAUGCUCGGCCACCGCCGUCAUCAUCACUACCCUUGUCAAAACGCUGGUGGACAAGAACAUCACCAUCACCUCCCAACGGUUGUUGCCUCUACUACAGCGGUGGCUAACAGUUUUCACCCCCAUUCCACCCACACUCCGAUGGAUCUGCACGUAUCUCAACCAUUUACACACUACAGGUAUCGGGAAGAGUCGAUUUGCUGGACUGAAAGAAAACCUUUUCUUGAAGAAGAAAUUACUCCAUCAGUAAAUUCCAGAAUACUCGAGUUGAGAAAAGAGAAAAGUCGAGAUGCCGCAAGGUCACGUCGAGGUAAAGAGAAUUAUGAGUUCUACGAACUGGCUAAAAUGUUACCGUUACCGGCAGCCAUCACAUCCCAACUAGACAAAGCGUCGAUCAUACGGUUGACCAUAUCGUAUCUGAAAUUAAGAGACUUUUCAGGACAUGGAGAUCCUCCGUGGUCACGAGACGGAGUACAAUCGGCGUCGAAAAACCUCAAAGGAACUUCUGGUCGUAAUAGAUCUCCUAGUACUAUAGCCAUGGAACUAUUUGAACAACAUCAGGGUACUCACAUACUUCAAUCCUUAGACGGUUUUGCAUUUGCGUUAGCUGCUGAUGGUCGAUUCUUAUACAUAUCAGAAACCGUGUCAAUCUACCUCGGUCUUUCACAGGUUGAAAUGACCGGAAGCAGCGUGUUCGACUACAUACAUCAGGCAGAUCAUUCCGAAUUGGCCGAACAACUAGGCCUCGGAUUAACCCAAGGCCAAGGAAUGGCUUCGCCGUCACCGAGCAGUGCUGGUUCCGAAGAAGGAAACUCUAAUGUGGGCACAGCCAACCCCGAUGUGUCAUCGGUAAUGUCGUUGUCAAGUUCAAAUGCUUAUAAAGGUUUGGACAGAGCAUUUUGCAUUAGAAUGAAAUCUACACUAACGAAACGUGGUUGCCACUUCAAAUCAUCCGGAUACAGGGUGGUUCUAUUGGUAUGCAGGCUUAGGCCACAGUACACAUUUUCUCACAAUCGAAAGUGUGCUCCACCUUUGUUAGGAGCUGUAUCACUGGCAAUUGCUUUGCCACCACCGAGCGUACAUGAAAUCCGUUUAGAAACUGACAUGUUUGUUACCAGACUGUACUUUGAUCUCCGAAUUGCUCAUUGCGAACCUAGGGUAGCGGAAGUAUUAGAUUAUACGGCGGAUGAACUGACCGGCAUGAACUUGUACACCCUUUGUCAUGGCGAAGACGUGAGCAAACUCAGAAAAUGUCAUCUAGACUUAAUAAAUAAAGGACAAAUGAUGACACAUUACUACAGAGUUAUGAACAAAAAUGGCGGAUACACAUGGAUGCAAACUUGUGGUACAGUAGUAUGUAAUUCAAAAAAUGCCGAAGAACAAAAUAUUAUCUGUGUAAACUACGUUGUCAGUGCUCGCGAGUAUGAUAAUUUGAUAAUGGACUGUUGCCAAAUGGAAGAACAUAUCAGGCAAAGAGUAGUAAAGAGAGAGGAAACCGGUGGCAACGACCCGGAAAAUGGUUCGCCUGGCGGUGAUGGUGGUGAUGGUCGAGGUGGCAAUACCAGAAGAGAUCAUUUAACGCCUGCUGAUUUAGAUGAUGGGCCUUCGACUGAUGGCCAUGGUGAUCCCACGCGAGGGAGAAAUCAUGUAGACAUUACCCAAUUAAAUAACACAGCAAGUGAACGUUUACAGUUAAGUAACAGUGUAAUUGGACUACAAUCAAAAAAACUAGAAAAGCGAAGGGCGCACAAAAGAAAAAUUAAUGAGAUCUUAUCCCGAGAAGACGAUAACAGUUGUUGUAGUAGUUCGGAAGAAGAACCGUCAAACAGAAAACAUUUUUCUAGCCUAAGUCCAGCGUCGUCAUCGUGUCAAUCUACGAUUCCACCAAGUCCCCCAAAAACUAUUGGGAGUGAAAAACGUAACAAUGGUAAUGAUCCAAGUACAGUUAAAGAUCUAGAACACGCCAUGUCCAAACAUUUACCGUCUACAACUGAGAAAAUGUCAUCGGCCGUCAGUCAACCCACAGACUUUAGCACGGAUACGUUACUUAAACAACAACAAAAAACCACAAUCCAAUGGAUUGGCGCCCAUCACCUUAGCCACCAACAUCACGCUCAACAUGCAAACGGGCAAUCUCAUCACUCAUCUCACAAUCAACAUCAUGGUACUUUGCCAGCAUCUGCACUGCUUCGACAGAUUUAUGCUAAUCGCGAGUCUGUCAUCAGAGCUAACGUGCACGCUCCCAGAUCGCCAAACAGUAACACUGGAACAGCGAUUUACUAUCCCGGUGAUAUUAGCACAUUACCAACUCCACCAGGCAGUGAAGGCGGUUACAGUGACCAACAACAAUACAUGUCACAAAAACCGAGCGGAGGUGACUUUAACGGACUUAUACCACCACCAUAUAAUUUUAGUGACUAUCAUUCUGCUAUGACUCCUCCAUCUUCUGUCUCACCACGUGAAAAACAACAGUCUCUAAAUGUUUAUGAAGCUUACGGUUCAACAGCAGAUGUGCUCCGACAACAAUAUGGCCAUCACGCAGAAGUUACGUCAUCAACUCUUCCCCUUAAACCUCAACCAUACAAUCCAGCGCCUGUUCUCGAUCACUAUGAUCAGUCAGCUCAGUUUUAUCACUCUGCUGCUGGGUUCCAUUUGUACCAUUCACCUAGUAAAACAGCAAAUGGCGGUCCACCCCCUCCUCCAUCUGUUUAUGUAGAUCCAUUAAAAAAUCCACACAAUUGGUAUUCUGCGCCUUCAUAACAAGUUAAUUGUACCAUGAUAUAAAAUAACUAUCAGUCAUAAAUCUGAAAUGAAAAAUUGUAAAAUAUAAAAAUAAUUUAGGAAAAUCAACGACUAUUUUAUUUAAGCUAAAUUUUUUGAGACUGUAUUACUGUCGUGGAUCAAUAAAUUAAUUAUUAUUUUUAUUAGCUUGUUAUUGUGCAAUGUUUAUUUGAUGAAUUUUAACUCGGUAAAUAUACUAUGAAUUGUCUUAAUAGAUUUUCACCAAAGGUUAUAUUUUGUUAAUUUAAACUUAAAAAGUCUUUAUUAAUUAAGUCUACUUAUAACCAAAGAUUAUUCUUAAAAAAUUAUUUUAUUAUAAUAAAAAAUAGCAAGCAAAAAAAUUAAAACAAAUAUCUCGACAUUAUCAUUGAGCU